AUGAAAUUCGUUAUUUUGGCUCUUGCCCUCAUUGGCGCUGCUUCAGCUGGAUACAUCACCCCAUACACAGCCUAUUCGACUCCCGUUGUAGGCGCUCCCGUCGUGGGUGCUCCAGUUGUAGGUGCUCCACUUGCUUACUCUGCUCCAGGAUUUGCUGCUGCUCCAGUUUUUAGAUCAGCUGUUUACGCUGCUCCAGCCGUUGCCGGUGCUCCACUGGCUUACUCCGCUCCAAUUGCUACUACCUUCCAUGGAAGCUAUGCUGCUCCAGUUAUCGAUGUCUUGAAAAAGAGGGCUGCUGCUUAG